GAAAAGCGGCGACACACCGCAGUGCAUUGACACAUUGACUAUCCAAUCGAAAUAAAGAGAGUCCUUUUAACUGUCCAAUCACAGUGAGGUGGGCGGUGCCCUCUCAGUUCGCGGGGGAAACAAGUACCAAACUUAGCCUGCUAUAGCGUCAGGUUGUACCUUUCUGAAAACUGGCACACUGGCUUAUUAUCUCCUGUGGUCACAAUAACCUAUAUAUAUUUGUGAAGUAAGCAUGGUUGACAUAUUGAGUGUCGUUUUCCGACGGUUUGGUUCACAGCUACACGCAUCAGGUGAUAUAAAACUCUCUUCUCACCCGGAGAGCAGCACUUUGGUGCUUGGGGAUGAAAACAUCAACAGGUCGCUGUUACUCCUGACAGCUAUAACAGCAGCUUCAGAAAUGGGAUACAAAGUGCUGUUUUUCACACCAAAUCAAAUUCAGAGCCUUCCAGUGACUGUGCAGGAUUCAUCCGUAUCUCUGAAGCCUGACAGUCUGAAGAAAAUCAGGUUCGUGUAUCCCAAGACAUUGGAGGAGCUGCUGGAGGACGUGGCGUCCCUUCAUGAGCUGGUGCCUGAGACUGCACCGCUUCCUUCCUUGUUAAUUGUAGAUGGAGUGGAGCGGUAUGUGCGUGUUCAGGACAGGCCACAGCAAGAUUCUCAGAGCACAGCUGCUCACAUCGUAGCCCUCCUGCACGACACGGCUGCCUUCCUCAAGGCCAGAAGUGAGAAAAGCCAACAACCUCCAUGCAGGGUCAUUGUCUCUUAUCAGCCUGAGUGGGAAGGACGAGGAGGUGACAUGUUUGCCCCGGAUUCCAUCCUCUUAGUCCUGGAGCGCUAUCUGCAGGUGAGGUGCAACUUACACAAAGUGAUAAAUAGCGGAGAAGCGCAGAACGAGUGGCUGCUGUAUCUCUCGGGUCCAGGACUGCAAGUUGAUGGGUAUGGUAAUGGAGAGAAAUGUCUGGGAUUGCAGUGGCGUGUGGUCAUGCAGCCUAAUGGGGCACUGGAGUUCAGGCCAGAAAGUGCACAAAAAGAGGAGACCUUACAGGUACAACAUUCUGAUUGUGGAAAUGAAGCAUGAAUAGUCACAGAGUUUAUUGGACUUUAUUUUAAUAAAUAUACUUGAAGAAAAAAGACUUCUGUGCUGCACACUCAGACACAAUGUAACAAACAAAUCCUUGUAAAUUGUAAAAAUAAAAUGUACAUUUUCAUGGUUUUACAAUGAACCAUCCUCUUGUGCUGAGAUAAAGUUUUCAGUCAGUUAGGAUUCAACUGGUUGUCCAGAAAACACAGGCUACAGCUGGGAGAUAUGAUGAUGUGAUAAGUUGUCACAAUGUGCUUUUCUGAGAUAUUGUGGAUAACAUGAUAUCUUUUUAUGCAUGUAUAUAUUUUUUAAGUCAUUUUUGUUACAGACUGGCUGGAAGCAGAGGAUGGUUUGUUCAAAUUCUGUACUUAAUCUUUAAAGUUGUAAAUUGUUAAAUAAAGAUAAUAAUACUUG